ACGUCUCUUCUCUCUCUCUCUCUCUCUCUCUCUCUCUCUCUCUCUCUCUGCAUCUUCCCAUUCGCAACGAACCAAAGCACGUUCACUCCAUCUUCCACACCUCUCAAUUUUCCGUUUCCUUUCUCCAUAAAUCCGCGCUUCCUGUCUCUCUCUCUAUCCCUUCGCCUUCGCCUUCGCCGGACGGAGUUUUCCGAUGGGCGCUUCUCUCAACGACGAACUCUCCCUCGCUCCGGUUCACGACUUCAACUCCUCCUUCCAAGACCUCCGCUGCUUCAAGCACGUCCAUGACAACGUCCACGGCAACAUUUACCUCGAUCCGCUCUCUCUGAAGUUUAUUGAUACCGAGCAGUUUCAGAGGCUUCGUGAAUUGAAACAGCUUGGUGCGUCGCAUAUGGUAUAUCCAGGAGCUGUACAUUCUAGGUUUGAACACUCGUUAGGGGUGUAUUGGCUUGCUGGAGAAGCUAUUCAAAAGCUUAAGAAUUAUCAAGGAGCAGAGCUUGAUAUUGACCACUGUGAUAUCCAAACAGUGAAGCUUGCUGGCCUUCUGCAUGAUGUGGGCCAUGGGCCUUUUAGUCACCUGUUUGAACGCGAGUUCAUCCCCCAGGUUUUCAGUGACUAUGAAUGGUCCCAUGAACUUAUGUCAGUUAAGAUGGUUGACUAUAUGGUUGAUGAGCACCACAUUGAUAUUGAUUCUGGAAUGAUAAAAAGAGUUAAGGAGAUGAUACUAUCUAGUUCUGAAUUUACUCGGCCAAAGGGUUCAAGGGCGAAGGGUUUCCUGUACGACAUUGUUGCAAAUGGAAGAAAUGGAAUUGAUGUGGACAAGUUUGAUUAUAUUGUUCGUGAUUGUCGAGCUUGUGGUCUAGGAUGCAAUUUUCAGUUUCAGAGGUUGAUGGAGACUAUGCGGGUUAUUGAUGAUGAAAUUUGCUAUAAGGCUAAGGACUAUCUUACUGUUCACAAGUUGUUUGCUACUCGGGCUGAUUUGUAUCGAACAGUCUAUAUGCAUCCAAAAGUUAAGGUACGUACGGCCAUUGAGCUUAUGCUAGUUGAUGCUCUGUUGAAGGCAAAUGAUUACCUUGAAAUUUCAUCCCACAUCCAUGAUCCAUCCCAGUACUGGAAGUUAGAUGAUACUAUAGUUAAAACAAUCGAGACAGCUCCAGACCAAGAACUAAAAGAAUCGAGAGAUUUGAUUUUGCGUAUCCGAAGAAGAAAUCUCUACCAGUUUUGUAAUGAAUAUGCCGUCCCAAAAGACAAACUGGAAAAUUUCAAGGAUGUAACUGCCAAAGAUAUUGUUUGUUCUCAGAAAAAUGGUGGAGUGCUGCUGCAAGAGGAGGAUGUUGCUGUCAGCAAUGUUAGGAUUGACUUGACACGUGGUAGAAAUAAUCCUCUUGACAGGAUAUAUUUUUUCAAGGAUUAUGAAAGCGACGAGAAAUUCAAGAUCUCUGAUGAUCGCAUAAGCCAUUUACUGCCAACAUCAUAUCAAGAUAUGAUAGUAAGGGUGUACUCCAAGAAACCUGAACUGGUAGAAGCCAUCUCAGAAGCAUUUGAAAACUUUCAGUUGAAAAUGUAUGGGAUUAAAACACAAGUUCAUGCAACACCGGAGAAGAAGAAACGUCGCAUUUGAUAUCACUUGUCAGGAUUUCUUAUAUUCUUUCGCAAAAUAAGACUACUACUACUAUAACAUCACACAGACUUACGAUUAUAUAGGUUCGUGAUUUUGACAUUUCCUCCUAGAAACUAGAUUCAUGAGGAAUUGUACAUGAUAUCCCUUACUGAUUUGGAGCUGGUUUAGCUGGAGGAUCCUGCCACGAAAAAGUUUUUGGUCAGCUAGUUUUUUUGUCAACCUUUUGGGACAAAUGCUGAAGAUCUUGAGUCUGCGGAAUACCCAAUCUCGCCCGGCAGCUUUUAGUUUGCGAAUGGUUAUCUUUGACAAGUUUUUAUUUGCAUACUUGUCUUGUUGAAUUCAGUAUUGUACAUCUUACUAUACUCUGACUUGUUUGUAAUGUCACAUACGUUCCUAUAUAAAGUCAUGUCAAUAUAGAACAAUAUUAGCCUUAUACACAA